AUGUCAGAUUUAUCAGCACAACUUUCUGCAUUUAAAAACAAGAUCAAAAGUGGACCAUCUGUGAUAGUUCCAAGAAAGGCAACCUUAGCCAAGCCACCAUCCCCUAUAUCAACCGUUUCACCAAAGAAAAAUGAAUCUACUAAUAAUACAAAUACAACAACAAAUGGUAAAAAAAGAGGAAUGAAUGAUUCCAUGACUGAAGUUUUAAAACGACAGAAACAAAAUUUAGGAGAAAUGACUGGAUCUCAUUUAUCUACUCAAUUACAUUUAGCAGUUGAAUAUAUUAAAGAACACGAUAAACCUAUUCCUGUUGAAAAAUUACAACAUUAUUUAGCAUUUGAUAUUCGUCAAACUUUAUUACCUUUAUUAAAAGAAAUUGAUAGAAUUAAAUAUGAUGAAAAUAAAGGUACAUUAGAAUAUGUUUCAUUACAUAAUAUUCGUAGUGCUGAUGAUUUAUUAGAAUUUUUACGUCGUCAAACUACAUUUAAAGGAACAUUUGUUAAAGAAUUAAAAGAUGGUUGGCCUGGAUGUGUUGCAGCUAUAGAUGAAUUAGACGCUGAGAAUAAAAUUUUAGUACUUCGAAAUAAAAAAGAAAAUGCUCCAAGAUUAGUUUGGGCUAAUAAUGGUGGGGAAAUGGGUUAUAUUGAUGAUGAAUUUAAAGAAUUAUGGAAUGAAGUGAAAUUACCUGAUAGAGAUGUAUUGUAUCAAAAAUUAUUGGAUCAAGGUUUGAAACCAACUGGUGCUGAUCCAAGUUUAAUUAAGAAACAACCUCAAAAUAAAGAUAAGAAACAAAAGAAAGCUAGAAGAGGUAAGAUUACAAAUACUCAUAUGAAAGGUAUUUUAAAGGAUUAUUCUCAAUUGGUAUAA